AUGGAAGUUGAUCGAGUUGCUAUGGUCAGAAGAAGCUAUGACGAGGAGUCGGGAUGGUUUAAUCUCACGGGUUACUGUAGGGCUUCGUCAGAAACUGAGCCAGAUGAGGACUUUGCCAAAUUGGCUAAGUCCAGACGAGACUAUGAUGAGCGUCGGCUCAAUCUCAGUAAGAGUUCGUCGUCAGAAAUUAAGCCAACAGAGCAUGGUAAGAGUCGGAGAGUGCAACGUCUGUCUUCUCGUUUUGCCAAGUUGCGGCUCAAUCUCAAACCGUUGCGGCUGCCUAGUCUUGUGCGGCGUAAGGCAUCCAAAAACCGUGGUCUGCACAAGACAAGAUCCACUUGA